AUGGUGAUGGCAGCAUUGGAGAGAAAACAUGUUGCCCAAAGGCUUGUUGUGGGCUUCUACAACGUUUCCAUACAAUUUGCAUAUGCAUAUGCAUAUGCAUAUGCAUAUAGGAUGAAAGAAGUGAGAGAUGCUAUUAAAUUUGAGUUGUGGUGGGUCAUGUAUAUAGUUUAUGAUCCAAAAAUAUGGGUAUGUAAGGGAUAUGCUACAGUUUUCAAAUGUUCAAUAAAGCAAUCAAAAGCACAUGCUACCCAAUUGAUUGCAUAUCAUUGUUCUUGCUUUGGAGUCCUUCGUUUGACUAGAGCCGGAUUGAAAAUUGGAUUUCUUGCCAAAUUGACCAAGGUGGCUCCAAAAAACAAGGCAAUUCAGAUUAUGUUCUCACCUCACUCACACAGGUCGCACUCCUUGAAAUCAGGCUUUGGGACUUUACUCAUGACUAAUGAGUAA